UUUCGCAACUGCAUACGCAAUAAAAGUUUCAGACAAGUUUAAUUUCUCUGUGCUCACAGUUUUGUACUGUGCCCCACUAACAAUAAUCAUCAUUAUACGAAAACGGCUGCAGCACACAGUACAACACAGCAGCAGCAGCAGCAGCACUACCAACUACCAACAACACCAAUUGUACCGCCACCAACAACAAAAUAUACACCGAGUUUUCAGCGACGACCAGAAGUUUUUUUUCGGAAAAAGUAGAAAACUUUGGCGCACACAUCACACAACAGUGAAAACAACGAUCAUAGCGUAAAAUUAUUUUAAACGUAGUGUGCCCGAAAACGCCAAACACCAAUUUCGCAAUACUAUUUGAAUUCGUACGGAAAGUUUGAGGAAAAGUUUUUUUUUCGUACGUUAGUGUGAUUUAUGUCAAGGUUAUUAAACUUCUCUCAAGUGAUAAUUAACUUAGUAAAACUUUUCAUCACAUUGUUAUAAAACUCUGCAUACGAACACCGACCCGACAAAUUUUCACUUGGAAUUUUCGGAAUUUAUUCUUUUUUUAUCUUUUCGUUUGUUUUGCAUGCAUUUCAAAGGCGUCUGCGAUUUCUUGUAUUACAUUUGUAUGUGUAUCACUUGCUGGUGAUAUAGAUUUGUAGAACGAAAAGUUCAACAAGCAUAACCAAGAAAAAAAAACACACACACACCGUCUAUCAUAAACGAUAAAGUUUAUCAAAAAAUAAACUUGAGACAGUUUUUCGCGCGCAUAUUUCAAAGUCAUCGUAAUUAAUUAAGAAGUCGUCGCGAAAGAGCGAAGAAAGUAGAAAUUGUGUAACACUUAAAUGUUUCGUCUACUUCUGCGUCGACGAACAAACAAAGUUUGUUUUUAGUGGUUUUUUAAUGGCAGUUUAAGAAGUCGAACACAUCGUGUAUAUGUGUGUGUGGCUGAUUGUGCGAAAAAGUUGCUUCACCCAAAAAUCAAUAAAACAAUUUUUGCAUCACACAUAAAAUCGUUGACCUCGCGUAUUGAACAAUUUUUCCGCCUGUUUUGAUUUGAUAUUCGGAAUUUCUUUGUUGUUGUUAUUUUCGAUUGAAAUUUAAUGAAGUGUUUUUUUCAUUUAACGACAAGUGCUUGAAACCGAGAGAGAGAAAGAAGUGUGAGUGAGUUUUGUAAGUGGUAAAAUGUCUCCGUUACUUAAUGCAAAUAGCAGCAGCAACAAUUCAAACAAUUUGAAUAGUUUGUCAACAAGUCCAAGUGCAAAUAAUACAAGCAGCAGUUCGGCAUUCAAGCCACUCAUAAGUGAAAAUCGUCAAUUAAACAUGCUCUCAUCAACGGUAACAUCGGCUUCAGCCGGUUCGGCUGUCGAUCCAUACACAAGCGACUUAACAUCGGCCUAUGGUAGCGCCUAUCAUCAUCACCAUCAUCACUUGAAUUCCCAGCUCACACAAGACUAUCUGAAUGUUCAUCAGAGUUUACCGUUAGUGUACAAAAGUGAACAUGAAGAUUUACAAUCGGGCUACAGUUUUGCGCGUCCCGUUAAAUUAUAUGAGCACAGUGCAACGACAAGCACAUCGGCAAGCAGCGUUGGCUGCACGGGCGGCACUGGCGGUAUGCAAUCGAGUGGAAAUAACAAUGCAACAAUGAAGAGUGUAGCAUCGCUUGAUUAUUUAAUUUCAGGAUCGGCCACUAGUAAUGGUGGUAGUAGCGUAAGUGCUGGUUAUUCAUCGGCAAAUUUACAUCAGAAUGGUUAUCGUGGCGAUGCACCAUCGCCAGGUGCUUCGAUCAUUGAUUUAUCCACAUCGAGUGUUACAUCGCUGCGAAGUGGCGUUGGUUCGACCUGUUUCACAAGCAGCUCAUAUUAUGAUGGUCAACGAUAUGAUCGAUCACCACAGUCUGCAUCGAGUCCACAUUAUUCAAGCCCACAAAUGCUCAGCCCACAAGGACAAACGCUUGAUUUAAGCGUCGGCCGAACAACCAAUGGCAAUGAGAAUGCUGGAGCAACAAGUCGACAAUGCGUUAGUACAAAGCAAUCGCAACAGUAUACAAAUGGAACAAGCUAUUCGCCGAAGACCGAACGAACCGAUUUCAACAGUCGGCCCAUUUGUUUAGAUUUUGUGAGCUCGUUUGGUUCAUCAUCUUUCAGUCGUGAUACGGUCCAAAGUAAUGGCAGCUCAAUUAAUUUUAUGGAUUAUAGAGAUUUCAAUGGUAACAGUCCGCAUUCAAGCUAUGCCAUGUUUGCUGCACAAAGUGAAUAUCCACCGCCACCACCAAACGGAUAUGCUGGAUACAAUCAUGCCUAUCACUAUUCGAAUCCGUACAUCAAUCCGUCAACCACAAACUAUCCAUUGGCCGUUGCCGGAGACUACAAUCCAAACUCAUUUGGAAUGCCACCACCACAACAUUUACCACAAGACAUUAAAAUUCCAAAAGACAGUUUAUUCAAAAAUGAUCGUAGUCAUCCGCAAGAAUUGAAAUGUCCAACGCCCGGUUGCGACGGAUCUGGUCACAUAACUGGCAAUUAUUCAUCGCAUCGAAGUCUUUCGGGUUGUCCACGCGCGAAUAAACCAAAAACCAAACCAAGAAGCGGACAAGACUCCGAACCAUUGAGAUGCCCAAUUCCAGGAUGCGACGGCUCUGGUCAUUCGACUGGCAAAUUUCUAUCACACAGAAGUGCAAGUGGGUGCCCCAUCGCGAAUCGAAAUAAGUUACGUGCUCUGGAAAUGGAGAGUGUGGUUGAAAAACAGCGUCACAUGACAGUUGGCAAUGGUGGCAAUGGAUCAUCGUUGCUCGUCAGCUCCAAUCCAAAUAGUCUCAACAAUAAUAACAAUAAUGUUAACGGUUCGAAUAAUUCGACAAGUAAUAGCCAUAGCUACAUGUCAUCACUACCUUUAACAUCGUUAGUUCCGUCAUCAAGUGUGUCGCUAUCUUCUCAAACUUCAAGCACAUCGACUUCAGCAAUUAAAAUUGACGGCAUUAAUUGCCCAACAGUAGGUAAGUGGCCAAAAUGUUGUGAUGGAACUGGACACAUAAAUGGAACAUACUUGACACAUCGUUCAUUAUCUGGUUGUCCUUUAGCACAGGGAAUAAAACGAACAAAAUAUGAUGACAGCAGCAGCUCACUUUUGGCAUCGGCGAAUCGAUUAACUGAUAUGGAUGUUGAUCAUAAAAAUGGAAGCUCAACGAAUGGCGAAAACUUUUCAUCGAGUGCAACAGAUGUGACCGAUUUGCAACGAGAAAAGGCUCAAGUUGAACUGCAAAUGCUUCGACUCAAAUCCAACAUCAACGCCAUAGAAUUUCAAUUGAAUCAUAACGAACGGUGCGUCUAAAUAUAAAUAGUAAAAUAUUUCUACUUUACCACGUAAAACAAUAGGCAAAAAACACUACACUCCAAGCAUUCACACUAAAAAACAUUCACUCUCUAUAUAUAUUUUAUGCAUUAAAUGAACUUAGAUUUUAUGUAUAAUGAACACAAUGCAGGCUAUUCUCGAUAUUUAAAUCUAAUAUUAAUUAUUAAUCUAUUGACGUAACAUGUUACCAAAAUGAACAAAAAAAAACACACAAACAGCUAACUUAUUCUCUACAUUUUAAGCUUAAAUGCAGAUAGAGAGAGAGAAUGUGACAUGACAAGCAUCUAGAUCUAGUAGGAACUAGACAUUUUUGGACUACACAAAAAUAAUCAUAGAGAAUUUUAUGUGCAAUAUUCGUAUUUAAAUGAUAAGUAAUUAAUGAGCAAACAAUGGCAUAGUAAUUUUUGAAUGAGCAAACAAUGUUUUGUUGUUGGGGUUUUUUCGGAUUAGAACCGGAGAAAAACCAGAAAAAGUCAACGAUUUUUCGCAUUUUUUGUACGUGAGAAUGGGAAACUUUGUAUUUGGCUCUCUUUAAAAGAGUUUAAAAGAAAACGCCAUUGAGUGGGGAUCUUGACAAUUUCCACAGAGAAUAACGACCUUCUCUGCAGUCAUUGGCCGUUGAUAUGAAAAUUUACGAUCUUUCUUGUAUUACCACGAAUGACCAAGAAAUCCAGAAAGAAACAUUUGUCUCUCAUUUUAUGUUCUAAUCUGUAUUCAAGCAUGGACUUGUCAUUCAAUCAAAUGGUUGAACAAAUGAAUUCAAACUCCUUGCUUUGUAAUACAGAUAGUCUGUAUAUGAAUAAAAGAAGAAGAAAAAUUGUCAUAUAUUAUUGUCAAGAUGUUAGGCUGUAAGAAAAUGUCAGUUGUUUACGCUGACAAACACUCUCAUAAAUGCGGUAUAUAAAUUCAGUGUCAGAACAUAAAGUGUUAACUAAAUUUAAAAUUGAUGAAUGUUUGGACACAUUUUUAUAUAUAAAGAAAGAAAAAAACCAAGUAUCCAAGAAGGUGCGUCAAAAACUAGUUUCAUUUUUGUAAAUAAAAAUUUUCACACACACAUUGUUUUUUGUUUAAGUGGUCGAUUGGCGUCAUGUAUCUGAAACAAAUAAUCGGUGAUAAAAAAAUGAUAAAAUAAAAAAAAGGAAAUCGAUUUUCUUUAGUUUGAGCUAAACAUUCCUAGUCGUUGUUGUAUUAUGUUAUCCUUCAUUCAAAUUCGUUUUCAUUUUUCCUCAUUUUCUUUAUUUAUUCGCUAAAAAUAGAAUGUAAUGUAAAAGUUUUUAACUUUAAAAUUUGGCUCUGAUCGUUGUCACACAUACAAUUCGGUCGAUGUCACGAUGCAUGGAGCAUACACGAAAAUGACACAUUCAAUCAAGUUUUAUCACUACAUGUAUACACCAGCAGCAUUAUGCUAUUUAAAAACAAAAAUACCAAAUAAACAAAUUCUAUCAAUGAAAUGCCAAUUUAAUGGAAUAAAUCAUGUGUCGGUAAUAAUAAACUAAAAAUGAUGAAAAAAAAAUCUUACAAAUAAUCACAACAUUAUACAUAACUAACUGUUAUCACGAUUCCUAGAGUUAAAGAGCUGAAAAUAAUAAUAAAAUAAAAACUGGAAACACACAAUAUUUUAAAAUGAACAUCUACCACACACACACGAUUUACCGCUACAAUGCUAUUAUGUAUUUGCAACCGUUGAGUCUCAAAAAUACAAAAAAGACAUUUUACCUAAGGAAAUUCACAAAUGAAACAGCGUCUAAUAAAAUUGGUCCGAAUAAUACAAAA